AUGGGCAUUUAUCAACCUGCACCGGAAGUGGACGAGGUAGCGGCCGUACGUGGCGCCGGAGCAAAGAUCUCAGAAACUGGUGAGGUAAUUGUCGAGGAGGAAGCGGAGGAGGACGAAGACGAAGAGGUAACUGAGAAGAAAACGGUCAGUGCCGGCUCGAAAAAGUCGUCCGCAGAAUCCACUACACUUUCUGUAUCGCAGUUGCAUGUUCUGAAAGACCCCGAAACAGUACGAUGGGCAAUAGAGGGUUUGGCAUAUCUAAGUCUGAAUGCUGAAGUCAAGGAAGAAAUUGUCGGUGAUCCGGAAUUCGUUUGUCUGCUGUUCCACGUGGCCGCGUUGGAUCUCAAAGAAAGCGCCUUUCCAUUGGCCAGUGUUCUCGCUCAGUUGACAAACAGCUUUCCAAAAAAUCAAAUUGAACCAGAGAUGUUGGAGUUGGCCAAAUUCUCCAAGCAGCACAUCCCGGAGGAGCAUCCGUUGGAUUCUGCAACACACGUGACCGAACGCCGCCGUCGCCUUGUUAAUGCGGGCCUGUCUGUCACUUUGUACAAUCUAACAAUGCGUCUAGCCGCCGGCCCUGUUGGUGGACAACACGGAUUACGAGAACUGAUUGCUCGCAUUGCCGAAGAAAUUCCGAAUCGUGGCAAACUCAUCCAAGCCGGUGCCGGUAAAGCGUUACUUGAUCUGACCCUCAAAUCAAACACCGAUACUGGCAAGUUGUUUGCCGCUCAGUCACUGGCUCGUUUGACCAUCACAGCUGAUCCCCGUGUUUCGUUUCCCGGUCAAAGAUCACUGGAAUUGGUUCGUCCUCUUCUCAAGCUGCUGGCUAUCGAUUGUGAUGGAUUACAAAACUUCGAAGGUCUACUUGCACUAACAAAUUUAGCUUCUCUGGAUAACUUGCACCGACAUCGGAUUAUGGCUGAGCGCGGAGUUCCUUCGAUAGAUCACUAUUUGUUUGAGGAUCAUCCGAUGCUGCGUCGUGCCGCGGCAGAAUGUGUGGCUAACAUGGCUCAGUAUCAUCCGUUCGUUGUCGCCUGUGGAGGACAGUUGCCCGUGGAUGACACAGAUUUGGGUGCAAAACUUCCGUUCCUCAGCUCCUCCACGGAACGUGUAAAACUGCUCGUGCUCUACUGUUGCGAGUUUGAAGAUCUGUUUCUUGUGCGUGCCUCAAUCGGUGCACUAGCUACAAUGUCGUACGAUCCGGGUGUGAUCAAACUUAUCACCAAGGCAUCCUCAUGGUUUGAAACUAUUCAAACAUUGGCAGGCCAUGAUGCUUGUUGCUUGCAACAUCGAGCUGCACAUCUUCUUCGCAACAUGGCUCUUUAUGGAGAACAGUCCCUGUGCGAGUAUUUUUGUCGAUCAAACAUGCUCGAAGUGAUUCUCUCAUUGAGUCAGCUACCUGAUAUCUCACCCAGUGAACCACUGCCCACCGAUACGGUUUCGCUCCACCCCGGAGUUCCGGAGGAACAGUUGCGACAAAUAACCCAAACAGAUCGCAAGAAGACACGCGAUUGUGCCCUUGAAGCCUUGCGUAAACUGCAAGAAUAUGGGUUAGUGGAACGACUGGGAACUGAUGGCUCGGGACGUGAGAAAGCGUGA